AUGCCUAGAUUACCAAGAGCUAUUUUCCCUUUACUUCCUCGACCACCUUUACCACUCAAUACCCCCAAACCCAAAUUUUCAUUGAAUUCAACACUUCGUUUUAAUCCUUUAUCACCUUCUACACCGUUCACAUCUUCUUUCGCGUCAUCAGCUUCUUCUUCUUCAACAAAUUACCAAUCUUCUUUAUCGGGUUUAUUUGGUGAAUCCAGACCAUCACCGUUCUCUACUAAUUCAAUGAUCAACUCAAACUCAAUGUCAUCAUCAUCAUCGUCAUCAUCUAUAUUGAGCCGAUCAACAUCACUUCCAUCUUAUAGAUCAGCUUUAGGUAGUUUGAGAUUCGUGGCUAUGGGCACUUUCUAUCAACCUUCUCAAAGGAAAAGAAAAAACAAACACGGUUUUUUAGCCAGAUUGAGAGGUGGUAAAAAUGGUAGAAAAAUGUUAAUUAGACGCUUGGUAAAAGGUAGAAAGAACAUGAGUCACUAA